AUGGCCGCCACUAUCGCCACUGCCACCUCCGAUCACCACCGCCGUCGCCACCCACCUCCGCCAUCGCUAUCAACCACCACCACCCACUGCUACCACCUGCCACCACCGUCGCCACCGUCGCCACCGCUACCACCUCUGACCACCGCUGCCACCCACCUUUGCCGUCACCCACCACCGCUGCUGUCACCACUCAUCGUCGUCUCCACUAGCCGCCAUCUCCACCCACCACUACCGCCGCCGCUACAACUGCCACCUAUCACCACCCACCAUCGUCGCCCAUGA